UUAUCAUCAUAAUAAAAAACAACAAACAAAAAAAACAUUUUCAAAAGUUAAAUAAAGAUGGUUCUUUCAGCCAACAAUAAAGUGGAUGUGAUGGGACGUCCUGCACGUAGCCCAUUAAAUCGUAUCGAAUCACCAACUGGUUCAAUUAAAUCGAAUAACAGUGAUGAUACAACUGAUAAAGUAAGAUUGAAUGAUGAUUUAUUACAUAUGAUCAUUACCAAUAAUUUGAAAAAUAUCACUCAAACAUCAACAACAAUUAUAAAUAAACAAAAUUCUUUAACAACAAAAAAAUUACCGGAAAAUAAACGGAUCGAUGAUCAUUAUGUAAAAAACAAACAAUUCAAAAAUUAUAAUGAUAAUUUAAAUAUAAAUAAAUCUUUUAAUACAACACAGAACGGAUUCAAUACUGAUAACAUUAUUAAUUCGGAUAUUUCUGAUUAUAUGAAAAAGAAUAAUCAACGAAUGAAUAUAAAUAAUGGUAAUAAUUUGAUUAACGAUAGUGAUCCAAAAAAAACGAUGGCUGUUGGUGCUGGAAAUUUCAAUGUAAAUAAUAAAGAAAUGUCAACCAUGUUGGAUUCGAAUCGUGUCCGUAUGAUGUCCGUAUAUUUCAAUUAUUCAUCUAUUGUUUCACAUGCCAUUAAAGAUUGGUUCGAUGGAACUGUACGCGGUAAACUGGGAUCCGAACAAAUACUUUAUGAUAAUGUUUUACUUUUCGUUGCCUAUAUAUAUUGUGCUCGAAAUCUUAUGUUGGCAUUUAUUGAAGAUAUUGAACUUCGAGCAUGGUUAGGCGAAGGUGAACGUGUUCGUCCAUUUCGUCAAUUGAUUAUGGUAUUAACCAUAUGGUCAGUAUAUAUGGUUGCCAUACUACGAAACUUUCGUCCAAAUAUAUCACGUAAGCGACCAUUAUCAUGGUUAGAACCAUUUCGUGUUCUUCGUGGUGAAUCGACACCUAAAUCUUUUGGUCUAAGUGAACCGAUGUUAAAUUCCUGGUUUGAAUAUUCAAUAUCAAUGUGGCGUUUCUAUUUUGCUUUUGCUUUGAUGAUAUUGACAAUUGUUGUAUUGCAAACAUUGGGCAUGCUACGACAUCGAUGGAAUAGUUAUCAUGAUCCACAAUCAAAAAAUUGGUAUAAUAUUAUGUUACUUUUCUGGACGUUGGUACAGAUUUUCUGGGCAUUUUUGAUCAGCGCCUAUUCAUAUAUUUGUGUAGUUUUUUUCAACUCAUUAUGUUAUUAUUUCCGUAUCCGUUAUGAAAAGGUGAAUGAAGAUAUCGAAAUUAUCAUCAAUAAACGUUUGAAAGCAAAUGAACGUGUUGCAUUAUUACAUCAUAUUUUAGUUGAACAUAAUUCUUUAUGUUUGAAAGUAGCUGAAUAUAAUAAAUUCUGGUCAUCACAUCUUAUGUCCACUUAUUUCUUUUUGGUGGCUGUUAUUUGUUUCAGUUCAUUUCAGGCGUUUUUUACCGCCAAUCUUGUUAUCGUACGACUUUAUAUGUUUGGUGUGGCACUUUUAGCCGGUUAUAUUAUUACUCGAAUAUCGGUUUCGGCUGCAAUCAUGUCAAAUAGGGCACAUGAGCCAUAUGGAAGGUUGAUUCGAGUAACGUUUGAAAAAUAUCCUGUAGAAUUACAGAUUCAGCUACGUAUGUUUAUUCAACGAACAUCUGGACCAACUAUCGGAUUCUAUUGUUUAGAUGUGUUUGAAAUUACUUAUACAACAUAUGCUAGCAUAUUGGCAGCAUUGGGACAAAAUUUCUUGCUUAUUGUCGAUUUUGUACGAUCAUAUGCCGAAGUUGGUAAAGAAUUUGAAGAGAUAUCAUUCUCCGAUCUAAAUAUGCUAACCGGUAGCGUAUUCAAUUCAACAUUGGAUGUAUUGGAUGAAAUGGCUGGUACUCAUCUUUCAGAAACAUUACAUUCAAAUAUUUCAUUCGUACCAUUCUAAAAAAUUAUUGACAAAAAAAAACACAAAUAUAUUCACAUUCAUUAUAUUCAUUAUUAUUGAUUAAUCAUAAUUAUAUUUAGAUAAACAAUUUAUAUAGAGAAAUUCUUUCACACAAUGGUAGAUUAAAGAUACACCAAAAAAAAAUAU